CGAAGAGUCGUUUUCUUCUUUCCUCUCCCUGUUUCGUAGAUUGGAAACAGGAGCUAUGGCGGACCUCCCCGGGGCAGGACCAACUGCCUCCUCCAUGGCGGAGGAGGUCGAUGGAGGGCAAGAAGAAGAAGCAGAAGCAGCAGAAGAAGAAUCAGUAGCAGCAGAAGAAGAAUCAGCAGCAGAAGUAGUAGUGGCAACAUCGGGAGGGGCCGAAGAAGAAGCUAGAGAAGCCUCCGUCUCUGUGAACAGCGCCUCAGUGAGCUCGACGACGGGCAUCAGUGAAUUUGCAGCGGGCGAGAGCGCUGCUGCUACUGCUCCUACUGGUCCUUUCCAAGCGAAGUUCUCUUCAUUUCCUACCUCUUUCGCUCCACCUCCUGCGCCUCGUCCUGUUCCAUCCCUGUUUCCGAGCUUGGGGAAUGUUGGCUCUAAACAGACUCCAGGGGGUGCACCUUCAUGGUUAUCCAAUUCGAGUUUCUCUGAAAAUUUACUACCUCCUCCCCUCAACUCCUUAGCUAGCAAAGGUAACAAACAUCCUUAUGGGAGGGAUAUCCUGGACGAAAUUGAGGAAAAGGAGGGCAAAGGAGCAGUGAGGGAAAGAUUCAGGGCUGAACUUGGGACCGAGACAGCAAGUUCCACCUCGGACUCAGACCUCAGCAAGGAAGACGAAGGAGAGAAAUCUCGACGUAAGAGACGAAAGGAGAAGCGACGAAAGAGGCGCAAGGAGGAGAGGAAGAAGCGGAAGGAACGGAAACGAACUGGGGAUGAGUUGCAGAUUGGCACUCUAGAUCAAUCAGUUGACAGAAAAGCUGUCGUGAAAACCUGGGCUGAUGGAAAAGUUAGUUUACCGAAAGAGUAUUUUGUGGAUACUCGGGGAGACCGCGAUAACUUGGCAUUUGGCUCUCUCUACAGAAUGGAUAUUGCAAGGUAUGUUCGGCAGCAGGUUGAUAGAGGUGAAGAGGGCACAAAGAAAAGAUACGCCACAUAUUUGGAUGUGCCAGAGCCUGACGGUGAUGUGCAAGAAAAUAAAGCGUAUCGCUAUUGGUCUGGCGAAGCCAUGGCACUGGAGACAAGGCGCGAUCUUCGGCGCAUUCGAAUACAUUCCCUAAGACCUUCCGCAGCUACAUUCAACAGUCGCCAGGAUCUUGAUACAUUUAUUCCGCUCGAGGAGAAGGAUAUUAAGAAGAAAGAUGUAGGAGACGAGGAUGAGCAAGAAGAGGGAGAAAGCUGGAAUGAUUAUAUUAUUCGACGAACAAGGGAGUUUAACUCUUUAACCCGGGAGCGGCCUGAUGAUGAAAAUUCGUGGCUCGAGUUUGCCAAGUUUCAGGAUGAGUUAGUACAUAUGGCGCAGAGAAAGGGUGUCAAGCAACAAGCUGUGGAAAAGAAGAUAUCUGUGUUGGAGAAAGCACUAGAGCAUCAUCCAGACAGUCUGCAAUUAACACUGUUGUAUUUAGAGUCCUGCAGGCUUCGUGACACUGUUCCGGAGAUGCUUGCUAAGUGGGAGAAGGCGGCAAUCUUACUGUCAGGAAGCUACCGAUUUUGGAAGAAUUUUUUGCAGUUCGUUUGUUCACAGUUCUCGCUCUUCUCUGUCGCGACUGUACGCUCAGUGUAUGUUCAAGCACUUGGUUCUCUGACUGCGACACGUGAUCGACUGAAAAAUGGAGAUGAGAGGGAUACCGUUAUUAAAGAUGCUGAGCUAGCCAUGGUAUCCAUAUUGGCAGACAGAUGUCGCUUUGAGCUACAGACUGGUCAUGCCGAGUUGGGACUCGCCAUAUUUCAGGCAGCUAUGGAGUACUCUUUAUUUGUUCCUCUCAUUCAGACGACUGAGAACAAUAAGCGGAGGCUCUUUGAGGCAUUUUGGGACAGUCAAGCCCCUAGAAUAGGGGAAGAGGGUGCAUUGGGAUGGGCUUUAUGGCUGGAAAAGGAAGAGGAGCAAUUUCAAAAAGCUCGAGCACAGGAGGCUGAGCAGGAAGAGCAAGCACCAGGAGGGUGGACAGGAUGGUCUGAGCCAGUAAUGUCCGGUAUUGAUGUUAAGAUGACGGAUAGUGCGGCCAAUGCUGGCAAGAAUGGAGACACUUCAAGUGAGGAAAGGGAUCAGGACGAGAUAGAGGGAGUUGAAAGUGAUGAAGACGAAGCUACAUUGCUAGCUAAGCUUGGGAUAAGUUCCAUGGAUGCCGGAAAAGAGUUGGAAGUCACAGAUUCUGAGGUCUGGCUACGAUGGGCAACGGAGGAGAGAAAGCGAGCCUGUGAGCAGUGGUUACCUAUCCACGCACUAAUGGAGAGUGAUGAGGAGGAUGAGCAGCUAGCGAGGGUGAUAAUGUUUGAAGAUGUCAGAGACACUCUUGUUUCUAUCUCUUCUGUACAGGCAUGGUGCCGCUUGAUUGGGCAUUUUCUGGAGUUUUGUAACAUACCUCUUACCAAUUGGUGUUCUAGUAAUGACUUCAGCUUACAACAAGGCAUUGAAGGACUGGAGUCUUUGACAUGUCCUUUAAGCAGAUUGCGAGGAAUCAGAUCCGUUGGUAGUAAUGUAUCGCAAUAUGUAGUUGGAAACAGAGAAAGUCAGGAAGUGAGACGAGGGGAAACGAUUUUAAAAACUUUGGUUGGAGAACCAGAGUGGUUUCUAGAGAGCUUUGAUCGAACUCAAUUCGUCUGCAACGCAUUACUGCUUCUUCAGUCAAGCUUUUCCAAUUCUCUAGAAAGGAGGCACUGGGACCUUACCGAAACGCUGCUAGUUGUCCAGUGUUUAGCAUCGGACAAUGGGGUGAAAACUUCUCGUAAUAUAGCGAAGAGGCUUCUGAAGAUCCAUCGUCAGGAUAUUUCGUUAUGGACUUCGUAUGCUUUGGUAGAAGGGGCCUCGGGUCACAUGGACACUGCAAGAAAAGUCCUUGAUACAACUCUUGCCUCCCUUCCAGCUCUACAAAAUGAGAUACAAGAGGACGCUCCCUUCCUAUUUUUGGCAUGCGCAGACAUGGAAGUGACUCAUGGAUCCAAGACUCGUGCUUUGUAUGUUUUGUGCCACUUUGGAUCCGGAAUACCGUACACUCCUUCAGCUAAUUUAGAAGAUCCAAUCUCACCUACCUUAAUUUUGAAGGCAAAAUUAGGAUUUCAACAGCAUCUUCAAAAUGUACGUAGGGGACGAACGUAUGUACGGGACACAGCUUCUUUCGGUUCGAAGCCCGUUUUUGGAGGAGCCCUUGAUGAGCGAGGGGUGGCUGUGAUUGCUUGUUGUGCCCUGUUCGAGGAAUUAAGCUCGGGCUGGGAAGCUGCAGUCUCUAUAUUUGAGGAGAGCCUUGCUUUUACUCUUCCAGGUAAAUGGAAAGAGAGCAAAGAGUGUGAAUCAUUGAUGGAACGUUACGUCGGCUUACUACGAAGGAGCAUGCCUACUGCAAAGCCUGCUCAGGUUCGACGCUGUGCAAUGAGGGGGUUGUCGGAAUAUCCACAUAAUUCUGUGCUUCUGGAGAUGCUUGUCCAGUCGUCGCCAUCAACAUACAACCUGCGCCGCUAUUUUGACGAUUAUACGAGACGGAAUCCAUCAACAUUGCUGUGGUCAUUUGCCCUCGCUACAGAGCUCGAAAAUAUUGAGGGGAAUGCAGCUCGUAUUCGAAGCUUGUUUGAGCGAGCCCUAGAAACAAAGGCUACACAAACUUCUGUUGUACUGUGGCGCGCAUACCUUGCUUAUGAAUGUAAAAUCAAUCGAAAUAUCGAGAGCGCACGUCGCAUUUAUUUCCGAGCUAUACAUGCUUGUCCGUGGUCCAAGAAACUAUGGCUGGACGGGUUUACAAUGCUAAGUGAUGUUUUGACAACGAAACAGCUUGCUGAAUUCCAAGAGAUAAUGAAGGAGAAAGAGUUGAGAAUUCGCACUGAUGUUUUUGAGAUCCUACUUGAAGAUGCUGAAGACGAUUCUUGAGGCGGUGCAUCACAGAUGCUUUUUCAUUCAAUUUUGACUUUUUUUUUCGGAGACUGCUGAGUUUCAAAUUAUUUGUGGAUAGAAAGAUUUUAUUUAAAACUAGACUUCGUACAGUACACAAUUUGGUUAGGCUUUGAUUCUAAGUUCGUCUUGGACAUGGAUCGACUUACAUGCCUCAUACCUGUUAAUAUUAAGAUGAUUUAACAGCUAAUUUACUGACUCUAUUGCUGUC